GCCCGGUGUGAACGUGCGAUGCGCGAGUGAGUGCCGAGUGCAGUGGGGCGUCGGCCCAAUCGUUCGCUUUUUGAAAACAUAAAAAUUGAUCCCCAGAUGGGAGUGUACGAGGAGAGGGGGGCGAUGCACUGGCAACAGAGUGAGAGGUACAUAUCGUCAUACGAAGGUGGUGGGGAUCUGUCGCCCGUAGCGCCCGCCACUUCACCAGGCUCCCCGAGGGACUGCACCUCUUGUCGGAAGCGUGAACCGGACGGGCCGGACGCCCCCCGCCCUCCGGCCGACGACCCGUGCGCCGGCUGCGGAGCUCGCAUCACCGACAGAUACUACCUAUUGGCGCUCGAGAGGCGCUGGCACACGCCUUGCUUGCGCUGCUGCGAGUGCAAGAUGCCUCUAGAUUCAGAGCAGCGUUGCUACGCGAGAGACAGCAGCAUUUUCUGCAAGAAUGACUAUUUCAGGUCAGUGUCAUUUUUUCCUUAUCAUGUAUGA